AUGGACCCCUGGGUGCUUGGUUCUCACCCUCACCCUUCCUCCUUCCAGGGAGCAAUUGUGGCUGUGACUGGCGACGGUGUCAAUGACUCCCCAGCUCUGAAGAAGGCUGACAUUGGGGUGGCCAUGGGCAUCGCUGGCUCUGAUGUCUCCAAGCAGGCUGCCGACAUGAUUCUCCUGGAUGACAAUUUUGCUUCCAUCGUCACUGGUGUGGAGGAAGGCCGCCUGAUCUUUGACAACCUGAAGAAAUCCAUCGCCUACACCCUGACCAGCAACAUCCCUGAGAUCACGCCCUUCCUGCUCUUCAUCAUGGCCAACAUCCCCCUGCCCCUCGGUACCAUCACCAUCCUCUGCAUUGACCUGGGCACUGACAUGGUCCCCGCCAUCUCCUUGGCCUACGAGGCUGCUGAGAGCGACAUCAUGAAGAGGCAGCCCAGGAACCCACGCACGGACAAGCUGGUCAAUGAGAGGCUCAUCAGCAUGGCCUAUGGGCAGAUUGGGAUGAUCCAGGCCCUCGGCGGUUUCUUCUCCUACUUUGUCAUCCUGGCAGAAAAUGGUUUCUUGCCUGGUAACCUGGUGGGCAUCCGGCUGAACUGGGAUGACCGCACGGUCAAUGACCUGGAAGACAGCUACGGGCAGCAGUGGACCUACGAGCAGAGGAAGGUGGUGGAGUUUACCUGCCAUACAGCCUUCUUCGUGAGCAUCGUGGUGGUCCAGUGGGCUGACCUGAUCAUCUGCAAGACCAGAAGGAACUCAGUCUUCCAGCAGGGCAUGAAGAACAAGAUCUUGAUCUUCGGCUUGUUCGAGGAGACGGCCCUGGCAGCCUUCCUGUCCUACUGCCCGGGCAUGGACGUGGCCCUUCGCAUGUACCCUCUCAAGCCCAGCUGGUGGUUCUGUGCCUUCCCGUACAGUUUCCUCAUCUUCGUCUAUGAUGAGAUCCGCAAACUCAUCCUGCGCAGGAACCCCGGGGGUUGGGUGGAAAAAGAGACCUACUAUUGACCUCAGCCCACCACGUGCCCCGCGCCCUCCCUGCCCCAGCCCAGGAUAGCCCUCUCCGGCUCCCCCAUUUUGUACUCUGAGGGGCGGGGCCUCCUCUCCCCAUGGCCCCCUCUCUCCUUGUGGCCCAGUCUCAUCCCCCACCGUGGCCACUUCCCACCUCGCCCUCUCCUCCCCGCUGGCUGGCUUCUCUCCCCGACAGCCCCGGCCUCUCUUCUCCUCCCUCUCCUGUGUCUCCCCCCUCUCUCCCGUGCAGCCCGGCCCCUCAUUCCCUCCCUGGGCACUUUUUUACUCCCCUGAGCCCCAUCUCCAGGCUGACGCCAUCUCCGGUUCUAAUUCUGAACAAUUAUCAAAUAUAUCAGUGGGGAGAGAGAA